ACACCAUCCACGCUGCACACCACACCAUCCAACCAACCACACCAACCAACACACCGUCCACGACAAACCGGCACCAUGGGCAUCCUCGAUAGGAUCGCGGAGAUUGAGGCGGAGAUGAAGCGCACUCAAAAGAACAAAGCCACGGAGUACCAUUUGGGUGUGUUGAAGGCCAAGCUGGCAAAGCUUCGCUCGCAGCUCAUUGAGGCAGCCAACGAGUCGAGUGGAGGGAAAGGAGAAGGCUUUGAAGUACAAAAAUCGGGCUGCAGCCGCGUGGUCAUGAUCGGUUUCCCUUCCGUCGGCAAGUCCACGUUGCUGAGUAAAGUGACGACAACAGAGAGCGUGUCUGCAGCCUACGCCUUCACCACCCUCACAUGCGUUCCUGGCAAGCUCAACUAUCGUGGCGCCACGAUUCAGCUGCUUGAUCUCCCCGGAAUUAUUGAGGGCGCUUCACAGGGCAAAGGACGCGGAAAACAGGUGAUUGCCGUUGCGCGGACAGCCGACGUUGUGCUCAUGAUGCUCGAUGCAACAAAGGGCGAGAAGCAAAAAGAACUGCUGACGAAGGAGCUUGAGACGUGCGGCAUUCGACUCAACACGAGGAAACCAAACAUCACGCUCAAGGUGAAGAAGGGUGGCGGCAUUUCGUUCAACUCGACGUGCAAGCUGACAAAAGUGGACGAGCGGAUGGUGAAGCUGAUCAUGCACGAGUACAAGAUCCACAACGCCGAGAUCCUCUUCAGAGAAGACUGCACCCAAGAGGAGCUGAUUGACGUGAUUGAGGGCAACCGCAUCUACAUGCCGUGUCUCUACUGCUACAACAAGGCGGAUCUUGUCUCCAUUGAAGAGUGCGAUCGCCUUGCUCGCCUCCCGCACUCUGUCGUCAUCAGCUCUGGGCUUGACCUGGGAUUUGAUUACCUGUUUGAGAAGUUGUGGGAAUACUUGGAUCUCAUUCGCGUGUACACGAAGCGCAAGGGCGCCAUGCCUGAUUUCACAGAACCGAUGGUGAUGCGAAAGGACAGCUCCGUCAAGGACGCGUGCCAUGCAAUCCAUAGGACCCUCGUGCAAACCUUCAAGGCAGCGCUUGUUUGGGGCACGAGCACGAAGCACAACCCACAGCGCGUGGGUAUCAACCACGUGUUGGAGGACGAAGACGUCUUGCAGAUUAUCAAGAAGAACUGACAAGCAAGAUCUCUCACACCUAAACACAUGCACAUACGAACUCCGACAGCACAACACACACAACACACAUGCACACACACACACACACAUACAAUACACGCAACACACAACGCCCUCUCCUCGUUGGCUACUUGAGCACUUUGGUACUUGCGUCUUCUUUGGGUGUUUCUGUGAUCAUCUCCUCUGUGUUGCAUAAGGUACAAGCAAAUGCAAUUCGCACGAACAAGGCCUACAGAUGGUUUACAGUGCUCGUCGUGUGCACAUGCGCGUCAAGUAAGAACAAGAGGAACAGUCGAAAGGGGAGUCCCGGAUGCAAGGCAGGGUUGUCCUUCACAUAUGAAC